GCAUACCAAGGCACUAUGGAUGCGUGUAAAUGCAUACAGAACGCUCUCCUGGCUGGAACUACCUUCCUAUCACUGGCGUACUUCUAUGGGCAAUGGAAGAACACUUUCUUCCAUGAGUACGGGAUACCUGGACCCCAUCCAGAGCCAUACCUUGGAAACAUCAGAGAAAUCAGGAAAAAGGGAUUUCGCGAAGUGCUGGCCGAAUGGAUGCAUUCAUUCGGAGAUGUGUAUGGAUUUUACGUUGGAAAUACUCCGACCAUAUUCGUCAAAGAUCUCGACAUACUGAAAGAAGUCUCAAUCAAACACUUUCAGGAUUUUCCGGACAGAAUGUUUCCAGAUCUGAAUCCAGGCAUUGUGCGUCACGGUGUGCUUUUCUCCAAAGGUGAUGCGUGGAGGAGACAACGUGCAGUCAUGGCGCCGACCUUCAGUGGAGGGAAGCUGGACAAGAUGGGCAGCAUAUUGAAUGACUGUGCCGAUGCCUUGGUCAAGAGACUGAGAGACAGAGAUGGAGACGAGAUCGUCUUGCGAGAUUAUUUUGGUCGGUUUACCCUUGAGGUGAUCGUCAAAGCAGCCUUUGGCCUCAACACCGACACGGACGACAUCUUAUACGACAACCUAAGAAAGUUGAUUCGCCCUGGAAAGAAAGGAGCCUUCUCCCAUUUCAGCAGCAAUAUAUUCCCAUCUAUGGUACCCCUGCUUAGAAUACUUGGCUUCAGCGUCAUCCCCAAGGCUCCGUAUCAGUAUAUUCUGAGAGCGUUGGUUGACGCCAUCAACUUGAGGAAGCUCGAACCUAAGAAUGAAAACAAAGACUUCAUUCAACUGCUUAUUGACGCUGAAACCAUGGAAAUACCCAACGCAAGCAAGAAAACCUUGAAAAGGUUUGGACGAAGGGGCUGUGAGAACCAGAGGGAGUUGUCUGUUCAUUCCUUUGUUGUCGAAACAGACGAUGUUGGCUGUGAAUUCAUAUCCAUGGCACAUAGCGAAUCCACGAAAAAUCAUCCUGGGGGCUUCGGCGAUUCCGAGUACACAAAGCCACGUGUAUACGCGACAGGAACUCCCCUCUGUCCUGUUGUAUCCUUUCGAAAGUACAUGUCCAAGUUAAAUCCAGAAAAUGAAGCCCUCUUUCAGCAGCCUCGUAAGAAUGUGUGUGAGAAUGAUUGUGGUGAUCGGAGCUGUCAACCGGAAGUUGGGGGACCCGACGGAAAGUGCCGGAGACAACCGAUCGCCACAGGGAGUUCGUGGAAGCCAUCUUGUGAGUAUAACAUUGCCUGA